GGGGAAACUGAGGCAGGAGGGCAGCAGGAAACGUGUGGCCAAGCGAUGCUGCUGGUCCACAGCCGAGCUCAGGUGUGGGCAAAGCAAAGCAGUGCUGUUUAAUGGGCACGGAGAGCAAACGGCCGCGGCUGGCGUCCCAGGGGUAAGCGCUGACAGAGCCUCAUUACUCCGGCAGCACCGCGAUUCGGGGGAGGUCAGCAGCGCUGCGGAUCCGCCGCGAUUGAGGCCGCGUCCCCCCGGGCAGCGUGGAACGGCAGCACGAGGAGGGGAGGUGAUGGGCAGCCAGAGCUCCUCUCUGUGUGACGGAGCGCUCGUUCCCCUCAUUGGCUUCAUCAGCGUGGGGCUGGGCAGCGCCGUGCUGUACCUGCUCAGGUUGGCACUGUACAGCCCCGAUGUCAGCUGGGACCGAAAGAAUAACCCCGAACCGUGGAACAAGCUGGGCCCCACCGACCAGUAUAAAGUGAGCAGUGGGAUGGACUGGGGGGGGGGGUGGGCACUGCAAGGGGGUGCAGCCCCUCUCACCUCUCUGCUCUUUGCAGUUCAUAGCGGUUUCCACCGACUACAAGAACCUCAAGAAGGAGCGGCCCAGCUUCUGAGCAGCCCCCCCCAGUCCCCCCUGCAGCCCCUGCCCCCACUUUGCACUCCUUGUUCCCACCCCAGCUCAUACCCCCUGCAUUAACUGGGCAGCAAUAAACUCCCAGAGGGAUGGAAUGUAGUUUCCCAGGCUCACAGUAUCCCCAUAAGGGUUUGGUGGGGGGGAAGUCUGGCCUCCCCAGCCCUGUGCUUCCGCUCUCCCACGCUUGGGGGGGGCUCACCAGGGUCCCAGCCCCCAGGGGGGGAAGCAGGAAAUGGGGAUGGGAAGCAAAGCAAACACCAGCAGAGCAUUCAUAUGUGUCCCGUCCUGCCCUCCCCCCCCAAAUUGUGCAGUAUGUGCAGCAUGACAUGGCCUGGGGGGAGCUGAGAGGAUCGGGAGGGUCUUGGCAGCUGCUGUGUGGUUUGGGUUGGCCAAUGGGGUUGGAGAGAGGUGGGCUGAUGUGUGGGGUGGGCAGGGGGGUGGGCUGCCUUCAGGUGAGAGGAGGCAAAUGGGGUAUGGGAGGGGGGCAGUGAGGUGG